UGAAUGGCCGUUCGGGACUGGUCAGAGAAGAAAGGAAUGUUUUACUUCAGCUAGCGAAAGUUAGCCAUCGAAGAAAGUCUUGACUAGCUACAUAUGAUAACUUUCUCUUUGCACCCAAAUAUAAAACAUACUGUAUUACAGUAUCAGUUAUUGGUGCCGCGGUGGGAAUUCAAAGAGGAAACUGGCCAAAAGAAGAAGGGAGGAGGAAUUUGCGGCAAGGAAAACUUGUGGAAAAGUGAUACCUGAGCCAGUUACGUUAGUAUCCAUCUUUUCCAAGUAAAGUUGGUUAGCAACUUGGCUAGCUAGUUUGGUAAAAACACGUUUUAUAAAGUGCGAUAGCUACAUAGUUAGCUACUUUAAUAUAGGUUUACUCACUUCUUGCUCACUUGUUAGUUAGCUAGCUAGCUAGCUAACGUUAGUUAGUUGGAACUUGCUGGUUAGCAAGUUGGUGCUAGGUAGCUGCUAGUGCUAGCCAUAGCAUCACAUAGAUUGUCUUUGAUUGCAUCUUGCAGUACUCUGGAUCAUGGAUGCUAGCCAAUGAAUAUAAAACAGUUAGCAUAUCUGCUACUGUGCUAGCAACUGAAGCUAGCUAGCUAGCUAUAUAAUGAAAUAAUAGCGCUGGCAGGAAUCAAAUCGCUGAGCAUUUAUAAUUACUAACAUGACACAAGCGUACAGGUAUUGACAGGAUAUAAAUCAUUAUUUGCAUUCUCUGACUCCUACGUGUCAGACAAACUCAAAACGCCUGUUGACUGUUGAUGCAGAGAAAGUGAUCAAGGAAGCAGCUCAAGGCAAGGAUCUCCUCGAUAUUGAGAUAUAUAAGAGGCCUUAACUUGAAUGAAGAACCAGCAUCAUAAUGAAAGUGACAGUGACAUUCGGACAGACAGGUGUCGUGGUCCCGUGUAAGGAGGGAUGGACAGUCCGUGAUCUCAUUCAACAAGCCACACAGAGAUACAGGAAAUUAUUGGAACAGGAGGGAGACUUCCUGGUUCGUACCCACCAUGUGGAGUACUGUGACGGGGGUAUCCUGGACCCUGAUGAUGUACUGACUGACCUGGUGGAGGACAGAGACAAGCUGAUGGCCGUCUAUGAGGAGCAGGAGGCCCAGCGGAGAGAGGCUGUGAGUCUCAGAGGAGGAGUAACAGGAAGGACCAGCCCCAGCCAAGACCCCUACGACUCGGAGCUCUCCGUCUUCCAGCCAAUCAGAGGAGGAGAGAUAGAAGUCAACUCCUCAGCUCUCAAGUCCAACACGCCUCUGCUUGUAAGGAGCAGCAGUGAAUCAGCCCUCAGCCCCCCAGUGGAGACAUCACAGCCCCCUCAUCCUCAGGAGCCCAACGGCAGGCCUGGCCCUGAACCCCCCACGGGGGUGAACCAUGGACUGGACAAGACCGGAGGACACAGAGGUGAUGUCUCCACUACCAAACUCAACACAUUCUCUCUCAGCCUGACCAAGACAGUUGAGAUCUCAGGAGAACACGGUCCUCUGGGGAUCCACGUGGUUCCUUAUGUUUCCUCUCUCAGCGGCCGGGCUCUGGGUCUGCACAUUCGUGGUGUGGAGGAGAACAGUCGUUCUAAGAGAGAGGGGAUCUUCCAGGACGACGAGUGCAUUGUUAAAAUCAAUGAUACAGAGUUAAUGGACAAAUCCUUUGCCCAGGCACAGGAAGUGUUCCGUUAUGCUAUGAGGUCCCCCAUAGUGCGUCUGGAAGUGGUCCCUGUCUUCAACAGGGAGAGGUACGAGAAGAGCCUGAUUGGUCAGCUCUUCAACCAAUCAGGCAGUCCCAAAGCCCCACCCAGGACUGCCCCCAAUGAGCCUCCUCCAAUCAAGCCCGCCUUCAAGCCCUCCGACUCUUCUACUGCCCGAUUGGCUGAGGACAGCAGCAGCCUAGAGGGCCGACCAAUGGGAUCCCCCCAUCUCGCCCACCCUGUCCCCGUCAGCCUAUCCCCUGUCCCCAAGGGGAAGAGUGACAGCCCUCUCCUGAAGAAGAGUCCCACCCUCUCUACCCUGGUGGGCUUCACCAGCAAGAAGGGAGGGAAGAGAAUGAAGAUCGACUUAAAGAAAGGUCCCGAGGGUCUAGGCUUCACGGUGGUGACCAGAGACUCGUCUGUACAUGGUCCUGGUCCUAUCAUGGUCAAGAACAUCCUGCCACGCGGUGCCGCUGUCAAAGAUGGACGCCUGCAGUCAGGCGAUCGGAUCCUGGAGGUGAACGGUGUGGACAUCAGCGGCCGUAGUCAGGAGGAGUUGGUAGCCAUGUUGAGGAGCACCAGACAAGGAGACAGUGUUGUUCUGGUGGUGGCCAGACAGGAAGACGUGUUCCUACCCAGAGAAUUGAAGGAGGAGGAGGUGCGUGCUGUGCUGCUGUCAGAAGAAGGGAAGGAACAGCUGAUGUUUGAGGUUCCUCUGAAUGACACAGGGUCCGCUGGUCUAGGGAUCAGCCUGAAGGGCAACAAGUCCAGGGAGACAGGAGAGGACCUGGGCAUCUUCAUCAAGUCCAUCAUCCAUGGAGGAGCUGCAUACAAGGAUGGUCGUCUGCAUGUGAACGACCAGCUGAUAGCCGUGAAUGGAGAGUCCCUACUGGGGAAGUCGAACCAUGAAGCCAUGGAGACCCUGAGGAGGUCCAUGUCUAUGGAGGGGAACCUGAGAGGCAUGAUACAGCUGGUGGUGCUACGAGCCCUGGCCCAAUCAGAGGAUCCCUAUGUCCCACCGAACCAGUCUUUGGAUGCCUCUAUGAGCUGCCCAGCCAGGUCAGCUAACGGCUCAGCCCAGCUGCCUAUGGUCAACAACAGCAUCUAUGAGAGAUCUAAUGUCUCUAAUGGUUCUGUCCUCAUGGGGGAAGAGGAGGAUGAAGAGGAGAUGAAUCUUACAUCUCCCCGUCAGGAUGGCCUGAGACCAGCCCCAGGGGAGAGCUCCACUAGGCCCAGCCCUGGACCAGCCCCAGGGGAGAGCUCAACCAGGCCCAGCCCUGGACCAGCCCCAGGGGAGAGCUCCACUAGGCCCAGCCCUGGACCAGCCCCAGGGGAGAGCUCAACCAGGCCCAGCCCUGGACCAGCCCCAGGGGAGAGCUCAACCAGGCCCAGCCCUGGACCAGCCACAGGGGAGAGCUCAACCAGGCCCGGCUCUGGACCACAGCAGGCCCAGCCACAGUACCACCACACCAAGUCCUCCAAGAGCAUGGACCUGGUGGCAGAUGAAAGCAACGUGGGAUCACUAGCAGGCCACAAGUCAGAGCCCUCCCCGGCAGUGGACCUUGGUCCUACCUUGGGUUUGAAGAAGUCCAGUUCUCUGGAGAGUCUGCAGACGGCCAUGUCAGAGGUCAGGAAGAAUGAGCUCCUCCCCUUUCACAGGCCACGCCCCCACAUGGUCAGGGGGAGGGGCUGCAACGAGAGCUUCAGAGCGGCCAUUGACAAAUCCUACGACGGACCAGCUGAUGAGGAUGAUGAUGACCUGUCAGACCAGAGUUCGGGACGGGACACCCCUGCCAGCGGCUCCUCUCGCCAGGGAGCGGGGGAAGUGACGGAGGAGGGCAAAGACAAGCAAGACAAGAAGAAGAAGCAGACCAAAGGAAAGGAGAAGGAGAAGCAGACCAAAAGGAAAGGAAAGGAGAAGCAGACCAAGAAGAAAGGAUUCGGUUUACUGAGAUUGUUAAAGAAGAAAGAGCAGGAGAAAGCAGAGGCCAAAGCCACACUACAAAGACAGAAGUCAGAGGUUCUGAGUGAAGAGGAGCUGGAGAGGAUGAAGGAGGAGAGAGAGAGGAUCGAGGCGAAGCACGCGGAGCUGAGGGAACGUCAGGCCAGAGAAAAAGGACCUCUCCCUGAUGUUGAGGAUGAUGACAUGGACCCCAACUACGCACGCAUCAACAACUUUAGAGACACCUCCUCCCCCCGUCAGUCCCCCUACAGCAGAACCCGUACCCCAUCGCCCCAACGCCCGCCACCCCACGGCCUCGGCCCAGGCCCCUCCCACGGCAGCGAGCCAUCCAACAAGGACCCCCUGGACGGGCUGUACGCCAAGGUCAACAAGCAGAGACAAGCCCCGCCCAUGGCCGACAGCAGUGUGGACCGUAUCCAGAAGCUGAGGAGAGAAUAUCAUCAGGUCUGUAGAGAGGGAGCAGCACCAGUCUAUGAAGAGAUAGAGGCCAGACAAAGAGGAGCUGAGUACAACCAAUACAAGAUGCCAGUGAGAGGGCCUGGACCUGGGCCUGAUCAUCGUCUAGCUCCACGCUACGAAGAGGUGGAGCGACAAUAUGCUUCCUUGCCCAGACGGGGCCCGAUGGAUCCUUCUGAGGGGUACCCCAUGCAGCAGCCGGGCUGGGUUGGUCACUACCCCGGCCCCCAGCCCUCCUACCCAAACAACCCUGGCCCUCAACCAUCCUACCCCAACCCCAACUACCCCCCCAGGGAGAACCCCAACUACCCCCCCAGGGAGAACCCCAACUACCCCCCCAGGGAGAACCCCCAAUUACCCCCCAGGGGUGACCCCAACUACCCCCCCAGGGAGAACCCCAACUACCCCCCCAGGGAGAACCCCAAUUACCCCCCCAGGGGUGACCCCCGCCAAGCCGACCCAGGGUACUAUCACCCCACUCCACAGCAGAGGGGCCCUCUACGCCAGGACGUCCCCCCGUCCCCCACUCUGCCCCUCCGAGCCCCCCGCUAUGACACCAUGAACCGUGGGGGAGGAGGAGGUGGGGGAUACCGCCAGGCCAGCCCAGAGAGGUACGCCCAUCACCCUGAUCCACGCCAGAAGAACCCCAUGACUGCUGCUGUGUAG